UCCCGACUCUAGCGCGCUACAUUGUUGCCACAGUCACAACCGCCGGGGCAGAGAAUAAUAGCAAAGGACAGAGAAAAGUAGCAAUUACUAAACACUUUCCUCGGCACGUUGCUAAGAAUGACAUUUUCUUUCGUCAGAUCUGGAUUUAUAUGUAAGUGUUUAUAUACAAGGGCUUCUGCCCCGGAGGCGCACGGAACUUCCACGAUUGAUUGAAGGGGAGAGCGGGGACUCGGGUGAGAGAGCGGGGACUCGGGUGCCAAUAGGGAGAGAGAUGGGACUCGGGUGAGAGAGCGGGGACUCGGGUGCCGGUAAGAGUUAAGGGAAGCCCGUGUCUGCCCCCUCCUUCUGCCUGGGUGUAAACAGAGGAGCGUCAGCCUAUCCUGUGUGACUGGCGUUGAGCGCUGGGAGAGAGAGAGAUCCAGACUCUGUAACGUGAUACAUUGUAGACUGGUACUUGCACUUGUACAGGCUCAGCUCUGCCCCUCGCUCACUCACACUAACACAGACUCACUCACUAACACACACACACACACACAGGGGUCGGCAGCCGAGGAGCACACGGUACCCAGCAGCCCCCCCUCCCUUCUGCACCUCGUGGCACAUUCCGCCUGGAUCCGCUCCAUCCUCACUGCGCCCCGGUGUAACGCUGCUGCUGCUGGAAUGGGAGGAGGCUGCGCCUGUUAGAAUCCCCCUCUUCACAAAAGCACCAUUAGCAUCUGAAAUGAGGUGGCAUUUUAACCCCUGAGGGAACCCACUGAAGAUCCACAGAGGUUCUCCCAUGCCAUCUACAACAUCUAGUCCAUCAGUUAUUGAACAUUUACAUUCCCCUUCUCCAUCACCCCAUCUCCAUGACAACUCGAAGUGGUUACUAAGUUCUAGUGGUAACCGACCAAUUCAAGACUCUGACACUGAUGAAGAAUUCAGUGCCAGCUCAUGUUUGGUGCAUCCUGCUGCUCUCUCAGAGUGUGUCCCAUGUUAUGAGCAAUCGCCAAACAGCCAAGGCCAGUCAACCCUGCAGCCUUUGCCUCCUUCCCACAAGCAACAUCCCACACAGCCGUCCAUCACAUCUCUCAACCGAAAUUCCCUGACACAUAGGAGGAACCAAAGUCCGGCUCCGCCGGCUGCACUGCCCGCCGAGCUGCAAACCACACCUGAGUCCGUCCAGCUGCAGGACAGCUGGGUCCUUGGCAGUAAUGUACCACUGGAGAGCAGGCAUUUUCUGUUCAAAACAGGAACAGGGACGACUCCACUAUUCAGCACUGCUACACCAGGGUACACAAUGGCAUCUGGCACUGUUUAUACCCCUCCCACCCGACCACUUCCUCGAAACACCUUAUCAAGAAGUGCUUUUAAAUUCAAAAAGUCCUCCAAGUACUGUAGCUGGAAAUGUACAGCACUCUGCGCCGUAGGAGUAUCGGUACUACUGGCAAUACUACUAUCAUACUUCAUAGCCAUGCAUCUGUUUGGUCUCAACUGGCAGCUACAGCAGACAGAGAAUGACACAUUUGAGAACGGGAAAGUAAAUUCGGAGGUGGUGCCAACGCAUACUGUCUAUGUGCCCUCUGGUGAUAAUGGGAAAUCUGUUGGACUUGGGCAAGAGAACAAUACCAUCGACUCUGGAGAGUUGGAUGUUGGCCGCAGAGCAAUCCAAGAAAUUCCUCCCGGGGUGUUUUGGAGAUCACAGCUUUCCAUCGACCAGCCCCAGUUCCUGAAGUUUAAUAUCACUCUGCAGAAAGAUGCAUUAAUUGGAGUGUAUGGGAGGAAGGGAUUGCCACCGUCACACACACAGUAUGACUUUGUGGAACUUCUGGAAGGGAGUCGCUUAAUUUCCAGGGAGAAACGCAACUUGCCCGAAUCAGAUAAGGCCACACGGCUCCCGAGGUCUAUUAGUCUUCAUGAGGCUGGAUUUAUACAGUAUCUCAACUCUGGAAUCUGGCACAUUGCUUUUUAUAAUGAUGGUAAAAACCCAGAGCCAGUGUCAUUUAACACGAUUGUAAUAGAGUCCGUUGUGGAAUGCCCCAGAAAUUGCCAUGGAAACGGAGAAUGUGUUUCAGGAACGUGCCAUUGUUUCCCUGGAUUUCUAGGCCCCGAUUGUUCCAAAGCAGCCUGCCCUGUAUUGUGCAGUGGAAAUGGGCAAUACUCCAAGGGACGCUGCCUCUGUUAUAGUGGCUGGAAGGGCACGGAAUGCGAUAUCCCCAGUACUCAAUGCGUGGAUCCAUUGUGUGGUGGCCAUGGAAUUUGCAUUAUGGGAUCCUGUGCUUGUAAUUCAGGAUAUAAGGGGGAAAACUGUGAAGAAGCUGAUUGCUUAGACACAUUCUGCUCCUAUCAUGGAGUAUGCAUUCAUGGCGAAUGUCAUUGUCAUCAAGGAUGGGGAGGAACAAAUUGUGAAAUACUGAAGUCCAUGUGUCCAGAUCAGUGUUCUGGCCAUGGGACAUAUAUUCAGGAAAGUGGAAGCUGCACCUGUGAUCCCAACUGGACAGGCCCAGACUGCUCAACAGAAAUUUGCCCAGUAGAUUGUGGCACUCAUGGAGUGUGCAUGGGUGGAGCAUGUCGCUGUGAAGAAGGAUGGACUGGUCCUUCCUGCAAUCAAAGAGCCUGUCAUCCCCGUUGUUUGGAGCAUGGCACCUGCAAAGAAGGGAAGUGUGAAUGUAACCAAGGGUGGAAUGGAGAGCACUGCAAUAUUGCUCACUAUUUGGAUAAGAUAGUUAAAGACAAGAUAGGAUAUAAAGAUGGUUGUCCAGGACUUUGCAACAGCAACGGGAGGUGCACGUUGGAUCAAAAUGGCUGGCACUGUGUUUGCCAGCCAGGAUGGAGGGGUGCAGGCUGUGAUGUAGCUAUGGAGACACUCUGUGCUGAUAGUAAGGACAAUGAGCAAGAUGGCUUAAUCGACUGCAUGGACCCAGACUGCUGCUUACAGAGUUCCUGCCAGAAUCAGCCGUACUGCCGUGGCCGCCCUGAUCCACAGGACAUUAUCAGCCAAAGCCAGCAGUCACCAUCCCAGCAGGCUGCCAAACCUUUCUACGAUAGGAUCAGCUUCCUUACAGGAGCUGACAGCACCCAUGUCAUGCCGGGAGACGACCCUUUCAAUAAAAGCCUCGCAUCUGUAAUCAGGGGCCAAGUUCUUACAGCUGACGGAACACCGCUCAUUGGAGUCAAUGUGUCGUUUCUGCACUACCCGAACUAUGGCUACACAAUCACACGCCAGGAUGGAAUGUUUGAUCUGGUAGCAAACGGAGGUGCGUCCCUUACACUGGUGUUUGAAAGGUCUCCAUUCCUAACCCAGUAUCACACUGUGUGGAUUGCGUGGAAUGUCUUUUAUGUCAUGGAUACCUUAGUGAUGAAGAAAGAAGAGAAUGACAUCCCUAGUUGUGACCUGAGUGGCUUUGUUAGGCCAAACCCUGUCAUUGUCUCCUCUCCUUUGUCAACAUUUUUCAGAACCUCCCCUGAGGACAGCCCCAUAAUUCCAGAAACACAGGUGCUUCAUGAAGAAACGGCAAUCCCAGGAACCGACUUGAAAUUAUCCUACUUAAGUUCCAGAGCGGCAGGAUAUAAGUCUGUUCUAAAAAUUACAAUGACCCACUCAGUUAUUCCAUUCAAUCUAAUGAAGGUUCAUCUUAUGGUUGCUGUAGUUGGAAGACUUUUUCAAAAAUGGUUUCCAGCAUCACCGAACCUUUCCUAUACUUUCAUCUGGGAUAAGACCGAUGCCUACAAUCAGAAGGUCUAUGGGCUGUCGGAGGCUGUUGUGUCUGUCGGAUAUGAAUAUGAAUCCUGUCUUGACCUAACGCUAUGGGAAAAGAGAACCGCAGUUCUGCAAGGCUAUGAGCUAGAUGCCUCCAACAUGGGCGGAUGGACUCUUGAUAAACAUCAUGUUUUGGAUGUCCAGAACGGUAUACUUUACAAAGGGAAUGGAGAAAACCAGUUUAUAUCUCAACAACCACCUGUUAUCAGCUGUAUCAUGGGAAAUGGCAGACGGCGGAGCAUCUCCUGUCCAAGCUGCAAUGGUCAAGCCGACGGUAACAAACUCCUGGCUCCCGUUGCCUUAGCUUGCGGAAUAGAUGGCAGUUUGUAUGUUGGCGAUUUUAACUUCAUCCGCCGGAUAUUUCCAUCAGGAAAUGUGACCAGUGUUCUUGAAUUAAGAAAUAAAGAUUUUAGGCAUAGCAGCAACUUGGCUCAUCGCUAUUAUUUAGCUACGGACCCUGUUACUGGAGAUCUUUAUGUUUCUGAUGCCAACACGCGCAAGAUAUACCGUCCUAAAUCACUCUUGGGCAUGAAAGAAUUGAUCAAAAAUGCUGAGGUUAUCGCGGGAACAGGGGAACAGUGCACCCCAUUUGAUGAGGCAAGAUGUGGGGAAGGAGGCAAGGCAGUAGAGGCCACACUUACAACUCCUAAAGGAAUUGCUGUGGAUAAGAAUGGAAUAAUCUACUUUGUUGAUGGGAAAGUCAUUAGAAAAGUUGACCAAAAUGGAAUUAUAUCCACCCUGCUUGGAUCGAAUGACCUGACCUCAGCAAGGCCUCUAACCUGUGAUACCAGCAUGCAUAUCAGCGAGGUUCGACUCGAGUGGCCCACAGACUUGGCUAUUAAUCCAAUGGAUAACUCUAUUUAUGUUUUGGACAACAAUGUUGUUUUACAGAUCACUGAAAACCAUCAAGUGCGCAUUGCUGCCGGCAGACCCAUGUAUUGCCAAGUCCCCGGAGUUGAGUACUCAGUGGGGAAAUAUGCAGUGCAAGCAAUUUUGGAAUCAGCAACAGCAAUUUCUGUUUCCUAUAAUGGAGUCCUUUAUAUCACGGAAACGGAUGAAAAGAAAGUCAGCAGGAUAAGACAGGUGACAACAGAUGGAGAGAUGUCAUUGGUUGCAGGUAUACCAUCAGACUGUGACUGUAAGAACGAUGCCAACUGUGACUGUUACCAAAAUGGUGAUGGUUAUGCAAAGGAUGCCAAGCUAAGUGCUCCAUCGUCUCUUGCUGCAUCUCCAGAUGGCACACUUUACAUAGCAGAUCUGGGAAAUAUAAGAAUCCGAGCAGUUUCCAAGAACAGACCUUUUCUUAAUUCAAUGAAUUAUUAUGAGGUUGCCUCUCCAGCAGAUCAAGAACUUUAUAUUUUUGAUGUCAAUGGCACCCACCAAUACACUAUGAGUUUGGUGACUGGCGAUUACCUUUAUAACUUCAGCUAUAGUAAUGAAAAUGAUAUCACAGCCGUGACCGACAGUAAUGGAAACACCCUCCGCAUCCGGCGAGAUCCUAACCGCAUGCCAGUAAGAAUAGUCUCUCCAGACAACCAGGUGAUUUGGUUAACCAUAGGCACCAAUGGCUGUCUCAAAAGCAUGACUGCACAAGGACAAGAGUUAGUAUUAUUUACUUACCAUGGCAACAGUGGACUUCUGGCAACCAAAAGUGAUGAGAUUGGAUGGACGACUUUCUUUGACUAUGACAGUGAAGGCCGUCUUACCAAUGUGACUUUUCCAACUGGAGUGGUCACUAACCUUCAUGGAGAAAUGGACAAGGCCAUCACUGUUGACCUAGAAUCAUCUAGUCGAGAAGAGGAUGUAAGCAUUACUUCCAACUUGUCUUCAAUUGAUUCCUUCUACACGAUGGUCCAAGACCAGCUGAAAAACAGCUACCAAGUGGGGUAUGAUGGGUCUGUAAGAAUUAUAUAUGGCAAUGGAAUGGACUCUCACUUUCAAACAGAGCCCCACAUCUUAGCAGGUCCAGCCAACCCAACAGUGGCCAAAAGGAACAUGACACUUCCCGGAGACAACGGGCAUAACCUGGUUGAAUGGAGAUUCCGAAAAGAGCAGGCUCAGGGGAAGGUCAAUGUGUUUGGUCGGAAGCUCAGAGUAAAUGGCAGAAACCUCCUUUCGGUGGACUAUGAUCGAACAACUAGAACAGAAAAGAUCUAUGACGACCACAGAAAGUUUCUGCUGAGGAUUGCUUAUGAUAGUUCGGGCCAUCCAACGCUGUGGCUUCCAAGCAGCAAACUCAUGGCUGUCAACGUGACUUAUGCGUCCACUGGUCAGAUUGGCAGCAUCCAACGUGGAACCACCAGUGAAAAAGUAGAGUAUGAUGCACAGGGAAGAAUCGUAUCACGGUUAUUUGCAGACGGUAAAACCUGGAGCUAUACCUACCUAGAGAAGACAAUGGUCCUUCUGCUUCACAGUCAGCGGCAGUACAUCUUUGAAUAUGAUCUACUCGACCGUCUUAGUGCCAUAACUAUGCCAAGUGUAGCUAGGCAUACCAUGCAAACAAUACGUUCCAUUGGCUAUUACAGAAACAUAUACAAUCCUCCAGAAGGCAAUGCCUCCGUCAUAAUGGAUUACAAUGAAGAAGGACAACUCUUGCAGACCGCUUAUUUAGGCACAGGCAGAAGAGUCCUGUUUAAAUACAGGAGGCAAACAAAGGUCUCUGAGAUACUGUAUGAUAGCACAAGAGUCAGUUUCACAUAUGACGAGACUGCCGGCGUUCUAAAAACGGUAAUCCUUCAAAGUGGCGGUUUUAUGUGCACUAUAAGAUAUCGUCAAAUUGGUCCACUGAUCGAUCGGCAGAUAUUCCGCUUCAUCGAAGAUGGCAUGGUGAAUGCAAGAUUUGACUACAGCUAUGAUAACAGCUUCAGAGUUACCAGCAUGCAGGGUGUGAUCAAUGAAACGCCUUUACCUAUUGAAUUGUAUCAAUUUGAUGAUAUUUCUGGAAAAGUUGACCAGUUUGGCAAGUUUGGUGUCAUUUAUUAUGAUAUUAACCAGAUCAUUUCUACGGCUGUUAUGACCUAUACAAAACACUUUGAUCCUCACGGCCGAAUCAAGGAAAUUCAGUAUGAAAUACUGAGGUCACUUAUGUACUGGAUUACUGUGCAAUAUGACAGUAUGGGAAGAGUGACAAAAAGGGAAAUAAAAAUUGGACCUUUUGCCAAUACCACUAAAUAUGCCUAUGAAUAUGAUGUCGAUGGCCAGCUCCAAACUGUGUAUUUAAAUGAGAAGAUUAUGUGGAGAUACAAUUAUGAUUUGAAUGGUAACCUCCAUUUGUUGAACCCCAGUAACAGUGCAAGGUUAAUACCAUUACGUUAUGAUUUGAGAGACAGAAUAACAAGGCUCGGUGAUGUACAGUAUCGGCUAGAUGAAGAUGGGUUCCUUCGCCAGAGAGGCACAGAGAUCUUUGAAUACAGCUCCAAAGGCCUUCUCACCAGGGUGUAUAGCAAAGCUGGUGGAUGGACUGUAAUAUACCGUUAUGAUGGUCUCGGCCGGCGAAUCUCUAGCAAAACUAUCCUUGGCAAGCAUCUGCAGUUCUUCUAUGCUGAUCUUAACUAUCCUUCAAGAAUAACUCACGUCUAUAACCAUUCCAGUACUGAAAUUACUUGCUUGUAUUACGACCUUCAAGGACACCUUUUUGCCAUGGAGGUAAGCAGCGGAGAAGAAUUCUACAUUGCUUCUGACAACACUGGUACACCUCUUGCUGUUUUCAGUAGCAACGGCCUCAUGCUCAAACAAAUCCAGUACACUGCAUAUGGGGAGAUUUAUUUUGACUCAAACCCCGAUUUCCAGUUGGUCAUCGGAUUCCAUGGUGGCCUCUAUGAUCCGCUCACCAAGCUUAUUCACUUCGGACAAAGAGACUAUGACAUAUUAGCUGGGCGCUGGACUACUCCUGAUAUUGAGAUUUGGAAAAAGAUUGGCAAGGACCCAGCUCCUUUCAACCUAUACAUGUUCAAGAACAACAACCCUGUCAGCAAAAUUCAUGAUGUAAAGGAUUACAUCACAGAUGUCAACAGCUGGUUGGUGACAUUUGGUUUUCAUCUGCACAAUGCCAUUCCUGGUUAUCGUGUCCCCAAAUUUGAUUUAACAGAGCCAUCAUACGAACUUCUUAAGAGCCAGCAAUGGGAUGAUGUACCGCCAAUUUCUGGAGUGCAGCAACAAGUGGCCAGACAAACAAAAGCAUUCUUAUCCUUGGGGAAAAUGCCAGACAUUCAGAUAAGCAGACGCAAAACCAGCGGGGAGAAAUCAUGGCUUUGGUUUGCCACCGUGAAGUCACUGAUCGGAAAAGGGGUCAUGCUAGCUGUCAGCCAAGGCAAAGUGAUUACCAACGCACUAAACAUUGCCAACGAAGACUGUAUCAAAGUAGCAGCAGUUCUCAACAAUGCCUUCUACCUAGAAAAUUUACAUUUCACCAUAGAAGGAAGGGACACACACUAUUUCAUCAAAACCACGACACCGGAGAGUGAUCUUGGAACCUUAAGGCUAACAAGUGGACGCAAAGCCUUGGAAAAUGGCAUCAAUGUUACAGUGUCCCAAUCAACUACAGUAGUAAAUGGGAGAACUCGCAGGUUUGCUGAUGUAGAAAUGCAGUACGGUGCUUUGGCUCUCCAUGUACGCUAUGGAAUGACCCUUGAUGAAGAGAAGGCUCGUAUUCUGGAGCAAGCUAGGCAAAGAGCUCUCUCCUACUCCUGGGCCAGAGAACAGCAAAGAGUAAGGGAUGGGGAAGAAGGUGCUCGGUUGUGGACUGAAGGGGAGAAAAGACAGCUGCUUAGCGCAGGAAAAGUCCAAGGAUAUGAUGGGUACUAUGUACUCUCAGUGGAGCAAUACCCUGAGUUAGCGGACAGCUCAAAUAAUAUACAAUUUCUCCGACAAAGUGAGAUUGGGAAAAGGUAACACAACGGCCUUGUAAAGGCUGCCAAAGAGAAAAAAUACACGUGCUUCCGCUCAACGGGAGACAGAAACUGUUCCGCUGCAUUGCUAUUUGAGCCUCUGUUUGCUCAGAUAUCCUUUCUGUAGCACAAUCUCUGUUGGACUCUGUAGACAAAGAGCCUUUGUGGGGAAUAGAAACGCUGUCGGCAACCCCCCCCCCCCCAAUGUGUUUUUACGAAUGACCUUUAAGGUGAUCUGCUUUAAAAAAAUGUUUACAUAUGCAUAUCACUGCACUCGGACUGGAGAGGAAAGCCUAUAGAUUUUGCAGUAGGCUCUUAUAAAUGUUAAUCCAGGCACUGUAUUUAAAAAAAAUGACCUGUACAGUGUUUCUGAAUAUUAUUGAAAUGUUGACCUUUGCUUAAAAAAAAAACAAAAAAAGAGUAGUUUCUCGAUUUCUCGCUCUCUUUCUCUCUGCAUAGGAUGUGGUAUAUAUCAUUGUUACUUUUAAAACGUGGAUCAGAAUAACUGUUUAUAGACGACUCAACUGCUUUUACUGUGCUGCUUUAUAAAAGGACAUUGGCACAAGUGACUAACGCUACCAUGUGACUUUAAUAACAGAUUUUACAAUGCUAACAUGGUUUGCCUUGAGAAAAAUCUAUUGCAAGUAGAAUUCUCUUCGAGUUUCAGCAAAGGAAUCAGCUUUUUUUUGUAAAUUAUGUGAAACAAGUUGUUUAUGGAUUUUUAUAGGAAUUACAAUUUACUGUACAUCAAAUAUUAGUCUCAGAGGAGUUAAUUUAUGUAAAAGUGUUUCAGAAAGUUUAUAUAUAAAAUAAAAUCAUAAAAAAAAUGAA